GUCCAAUUGUGUCUGUAAAUUUCUUCUAAAAACACUCCAAUGGCUAGGAAACACAGAAAACUCUUUCCUGCAGAAACUACCACAAACCAAACCCAAGACUGUUAUGGUUUUUGUGACCCAGCAUGCCCUUACAACUGCUACUCUAACCCAAACUACUACUUUUAUCCACCACCACCAUCUAUUUCAGCUUCUGAACACUCAAGCCAAGUUAACCAUAUCUCCUCCUACUUAAUCAUCCUCGUUUCUAUAUUCACAGUCAUAUUUGUUGUUGUUGGUUUCUAUGUGAUCAAAAUAAAGUGCUAUGCUGACUGGUGUGGCUGGAGAGUCAACGGAUCAGUUCCCUCUCAGCAAUCAGAAAACUCUGAUGAGCUUCUCAAUGAGAACCAAGUGGAUCACCCUGUGUGGCUCAUCUCCACAGUUGGUUUACAACAAUCAAUCAUAAAUUCCAUUACAGUGUGUAAGUACAAAAAGGAUGAGGGGUUGAUUGAAGGAACCGAGUGUUCUGUGUGUUUGAACGAGUUCAGAGAAGAUGAAACCUUAAGGCUCUUGCCAAAGUGCAACCAUGCUUUUCACAUCCCUUGUAUUGACACUUGGUUGAGAUCUCAUACCAAUUGUCCUCUUUGCCGAGCCGGUAUUGUCUCUAACAAUGUUAUUCCUGAAGCAGCCAUGUCAAAUUUGGCUUCAAUGGAGCAAGAAAAUACCAACUUGGGAAGAAAUCAAGAGACCCUGAUAGAGAAUUCAAGGAAUGAUACUGGAUUAAGCAACAAUAUGGUUAUCACUGGAGCCUCUGAAAACAUAGCUGGAACUGGGGAAGCAAGUGAAGAAGUAGAAUUCACUGAUGAAUCAAAUUCCAAGGAGCGAGUGAAUGUUGAUAGAUGUCAUGUUCAAGAGGUGCUCAAUGAUCAAAAUCAGAGUCCUGUGGUUCAAAAUGAUGAGAUACAAACAGAGGUGAAGUCUGUUUCACCUGAAAGCCACCACGUUGUUGGUCAUACACAGGAUUACACUGAGUUUCACACGGUUGAUGGUUAUUACUCAAAAAUGUGGAAAACAAUGCGUCGUGCCUCAAUUGAAGAGAGUUUACACAUAAGCCCGGUCUCUAUGAAAAGGUCAUUCUCCUGCAAUGGAAGGAUUCUAUGUACGAGAGGUUACAUGAGUCUAAACUCAACUUAUCCCUAUUAGAAUUUUCAAUUUAUUAAAGAUUAACAUAGUCAUUGC